AAGUGACGCCGCUGUUAGACUGUGUUGAUGUUUGGUGAGCGGAGCCGCUGGAGGAGAAACACGGAGAAGAUUCUUGUUUUUCGCCGUCAAACCGUCGAAAAGACGCCGCGCCCACGCUCCCGCGUCCCGCUACGCUUCGGUAAGAGCCUUAGCUCGGUGAUUAGAGCCGAACGGCCGGGCCGGAGGGCGCAUACAGCCGAACAUUUGAUCGAGAAAAGGGAGGACUCGUCACCCGCUGACCCCCUCCCUACCUCCCUCGCUCCACCAUGACGAUUCUCCCGAAAAAGAAGCCUAGCUCCGGGGUCGGAGUCUCGGACCACGCCGAUGACAGCGACCGUCGUAGCGGGUCUGACCCGCACCAACAUCCGCACCCGCACUCAGGGAGGGCCGGGGCUCGACCGAGGGCUUCCCCUCCACCGUGGUCCUAUCAGUCCGCUCCGCCCUCUGCCAGGGACGACAGGCGGAGCAUCGAGGCGAGCUCCCGGCCGCAGCAGGCCUCUCCGCCGCCUGUCGGUUCCGUGUCCCCCGUCGGGCCCGGUGACGGGCGGGACAGCAGCGGGGGAAUGGUGGCGGGGUCCCGGGGGGAGCUCGUGGUGUCGGCCGGUGUGGUCGGCUGUGGCGGUGGCAUCGGCAGCUGCUGUUCGGGCCCCGGGCUGAGCAAGAGGCGGCGGCAGGCAGGCACCUGCUCCGGCGGGGUGGUGGCUACUCUGGCCGGCGGCGGCCAGCCUGGGGUGACCGGGCCGGGCGGCGUCGGCUCCAGCCAGGACACGGAGGAGGGAGCCGGGAACAACAGCGAGGACGAGUACGAGAACGCGGCCCGCCUGCAGUCUAUGGACCCGGCGACCGUGGAGCAGCAGGAGCACUGGUUUGAAAAAGCUCUGAGGGACAAAAAAGGAUUUGUCAUUAAGAAGAUGAAGGAGGACGGCGCUUGUCUGUUCAGAGCUGUCGCUGAUCAGGUGUAUGGAGAUCAGGACAUGCAUGAAGUGGUCCGUAAGCACUGUAUGGAUUACCUGAUGAAGAAUGCAGAUUACUUCUCGAACUAUGUGACAGAGGAUUUCACCACAUACAUCAACCGAAAGAGGAAAAACAAUUGCCAUGGUAACCACAUUGAGAUGCAGGCCAUGGCCGAGAUGUACAACAGACCCGUGGAGGUGUACCAGUACAGCACAGAGCCAAUCAACACGUUCCACGGCAUCCACCAGAACAACGACGAACCAAUCAGAGUGAGCUACCACCGCAACAUCCACUACAACUCUGUGGUCAACCCCAACAAGGCCACCAUCGGGGUCGGCCUGGGCCUGCCUGCGUUUAAACCCGGGUACGCCGACCAGUCGCUGAUGAAGUCGGCCAUCAAGACGUCGGAAGAGUCGUGGAUCGAGCAGCAGAUGUUGGAGGACAAAAAGAGGGCGACGGACUGGGAAGCGACCAACGAGGCCAUCGAGGAGCAGGUGGCCCGGGAAUCGUACCUGCAGUGGCUGCAGGACCAGGAGAAACAGGCCCGGCAGCCCCGGAAGGCCAGCGCCACCUGCAGCUCGGCCACGGCGGCGGCUUCCAGCGGCCUCGACGACUGGAGUGCUCGGUCACCGCGGCAACGCGACUCUGACCCCUCCCACUCCGACCUCACAAGCGCCCCCUCGACCAACAACAAGCCCCCCUCCCCCGCAGGAGCCGCCCUCAUCCUGAGCAAACCGCCUUCGCCCUGUGCACCGGGUCCCAGUAAUCAGAGUCGCCAUCAUUUGGAGUACAGAGCCAUCAUGCAGGAGAUGUCCCCAACAGCGUUUGGCCUGACAGACUGGGAGGACGAUGAGAUCCUGGCCUCUGUCCUGGCCGUCUCUCAGCAGGAAUACCUGGACAGCAUGAAACACCAGAGCACCACCAUGCACCGAGAGAGGGAGCCGUCGCCCGACAGCAGCUGAUAGCCGACACACACACACACACACACACGCACACACACUCACACACACUCCCCAGCCCUCAACCCCUCCUCCCUCCACCUCACCUCUGAUCCACAGAAGGAGAUCGACCAGGGAAAAAAUAAAACUCCCGACAAAGAUGCACACUUGUUUUUUAUGUUUCUGUUCUUCAUCGGCUCAUCACCUCCUCCUCUUCUUCCUCCUCCUGCUGCUCCUCUUCCUCCUCACCGCUCAGACUGAGCUUCGUCUUAACGCUCAUUCGGGAUCAUGUAAAUGUCCUGUUUCCCUCCAGGCAGCUUUAUAUAUAUAUAUAUAUAUAAUUUUUUUUUUUUUUAAACGUUUUUUGUUUCUCUAAAUCGGACCGUUAGCUCUGUGGCUAGUGGGGCAACUGUGUUCAACGAAAUGUGCUAAUCAGAGGUAGAAGCUAACCAGUCUGCUGUGCGUGCUGGAGGCUCUGUUAGCAUGCUGUUCAGCGAGUGAGCCAACACCUCAAGUCUUAUGUUUUAAAGCGAGGACUCUGCUUCUUAGCAACCAUCAUGUUAAUCCAUCCGAAUGACAACAAGCAGGCUAAACUGUUAGCUCAAACCUUCUCUAACUUAUUUUGCUCUCUUGUAACCAGUGCUCUCCAGAGUUGACCCACACGGCAUCGCGUCUGCUGUGUUAGCAUUUCUGGUUGACUCAACGUCCCCAAACUAUUUAGUUUGAAGCUAGCCUUACGGAUCAUUUCCUGUGUUAUUUUUUUUUCUCCUUCAUCUCGCUGCCAUCACGUUCAUGAGAUGUCGUGGAUGUCUCCUGCUAAGCAGAAUCUAACGAGAAUAUUAGUUUUUCAGUGAAAUGCUAAUCACAAACGUGUUUUCUUUCGGUCUGCAGAACCAGGAGGUUUUUGUUUAGAGCUAACUGGUAGCCCAGUUGAUUUAUGCUUAUUUUCCUGGGGGGAUGCUAAUGAGUUUUUUUUCCCCUCCCUCUUGUGAUUCAGAACUGGAAAAAUGACUCUUUGUACUUUUUACCCGAAGUCUUACUCUGUUCUGAAGCUAGCUCCUCCUGGCCUCCAGCGUUUGGCUUCACCGUUUGUAGCUGAAUUUGCCUCCUGACUGGAAAACUAUGCUAACGACAGCCUGUCUGUGUUUAGGUGAAGCUAGCGGGCGAGCCGUCACUUCCACUUUCUUUUUUUUUUUUUUUUCCAACUCGCUCGUCGGCCACCGACAGCCAAACAUUUCCUUCCUCCAGUGGCCAUUUUGUGUCAACGCUCUUAGUUUCCAUGGUUACCUCCAGUUUCACCUCCCUUCUCUUUGCCUUCCUCCUCCUCUUCCUCUGCCACCACCUUCAUCGUCAUCAUCAUCGGACUUAUUUAGCUGCAUGUUUAAUUGAUCACGACCAAUAUCAUCAUAGACAAAAAGCCACCAAAAAAAAAAAAAAAAAAAAAAA